AGAAGCUAAAGAGUAACUGGUGUAAAUAUUGUGCCAUUCAGUGGGUGUGCACAGCACUGGGCUAAGAGAAGCGUGCAGCUGUGGUUUUAAGUUUAUAUGAAAUUGUACACAUUAACUAGAUACAGAUUACAUUUUAAAUUGUAAAACAAUGAUCUCCAUUCCUCUGUUUAUUGCUUUCUGGACGGCUGGUGUCUUUUUUAAGGAAGGAACAUGUGCUGUGCAGAUCAGCAGACCCCUGAGAUUAUCCAAGAUUGUAGGCUUUUCCUGGGAGAACUGCGGAAAGGCUGAUGAUCCAGCUGUUAUGAAGAGUCUUACUUUGUCUCCAGAUCCCAUUAACAUUCCAGGAGAUUUGACAGCAAGUGCAUCUGGGACAACCUCAGUGGCUCUGGUGUCUCCUCUCUCUGUAAAUGUCACUCUUGAGAAAGAGGUGGCUGGUUACUGGGUAAAGGUCCCAUGCGUGGAUGAGCUAGGGAGCUGCCACUAUCAGGAUAUCUGUGAUAUACUGAACCAGCUCAUUCCUCCAGGUCAGGACUGUCCUGAGCCUCUGCACACGUACGGCCUUCCCUGCCACUGCCCCUUCAAAGCAGGUGACUACUCUCUACCUCAGACUGUUUUCUCCCUGCCUAAAACGGAGCUGCCCUUCUGGCUGACCAAUGGUCAGUACCGUGUCCAGGGGGUGCUGGGAAACUUAGGCAAAGAGCUUGGAUGCCUUAAAGUUUCCCUCAGUCUACACUCGGGUUAACUAGCAGAACAGAGAGGCAGUGUGGGACCCUUUAUCACACGAUGCAUGCAUUCUCUUCAUCAGUGGUGCAAUUUAGAAACCUGGGAUCUUACUAAUAAGAAUAACUGUUUUUCCUUUGAAUUGUGAUCAGUAGAAAUAUCACAUGUAACUUGGUUUUAUCAGUGCAGGUCUGAGCCAGUUUUUGAUCUAAAAUGAUUAUUCAUUUAUGAUUUACUAAAUAAUGGACCAAUGAAAAGGUCCUGCACUUUAAAUGAUUUCAGAGUUAACAUAGUUUAUGAUUUCAUUUUAAUCAAAGAAACAAUCUUUUAGUAUUUGUUAAUUAGCCAUUCAGGGGAAAAUGUCAUCUCAUAUGUUUUUAAUUUUUUUAAAUUAUGAUUACUUGUUUGUAUUGUAUAUACUUACUGUUUAGUGUAACCAUGGGGAAAGAACAAAGAACAGUUGCCAGAAGGUUUUUCCUUGCAUGAUGUAAAUCUUGUGAUGAGGAACAUCCUGAUAUUAUCAGUGCUGUUCAACUCUGGGCUUCUGACUAAAAAUGCUUUAGGCAAAACAAAUUUUAAAUGAAAUGUUUUAUCAGUAAACAGUUGUCGGAGAUUUGUCACAGAGGUCCAUUAAAAUUAUGUUAAUGUUA